GCGGCGGCCGGGCGGAGGCGAGCCGGGCUGGGCAGUGGUAUCGGGUCGCUGCCGCUGGCGCCAUGAGCCACGAAGGCCGCUACCUGGCGCUGUGCGCGCGGCCCGUGCACUUCGAGAAGGCCAAUGCCGUCAACUGCGUCUUCUUCGACGAGGCCAACAAGCAGGUUUUUGCUGUUCGAUCUGGUGGAGCCACAGGGGUGGUUGUUAAAGGCUUGGAGGACAAGAAUCCCAUUUCAUUCAGGAUGGAAGAUAAAGGGGAAGUGAAAUGCAUCAAGUUUUCUUUGGGGAAUAAGAUCUUGGCUGUUCAGAGAACUUCAAAGAGUGUGGACUUCUUGAAUUUUAUUCCAGACAGCCCUCAGCUAGAAUAUACACAAGAAUGCAAGACCAAGAAUGCCAACAUUUUGGGAUUCUGCUGGACAAGUUCUACAGAAAUUGUCUUCAUAACAGAUCAAGGAAUUGAGUUCUAUCAGGUAUUGCCAGAGAAGCGAAGUUUAAAACUCCUGAAAAGUCAAAAUAUUAAUGUCAACUGGUAUAUGUAUUGUCCUGAGAGUUCCGUCAUUCUGCUAUCAACCACAGUCCUUGGCAAUGUCCUCCAGCCAUUCUAUUUCAAGGGAGUAACAAUGUCAAAAUUAUCAAAGUUUGAAAUUGAAUUGCCUGCAGCACCCAAAUCCUCGAAACUCAGCCUUUGUGAAAGAGAUAUUGCACUGGCAACAAUAUAUGGGCAGCUUUAUGUUCUUUAUUUGAGGCAUCAUUCAAGGACCUCCAAUAGUACAGGUGCAGAGGUAGUACUUUAUCACUUACCAAGGGAAGGCUCCUGUAAGAAGAUGCACAUAUUAAAAUUGAGCAGGACAGGAAAGUUUGCUCUGAAUGUUGUGGAUAACUUGGUGGUAGUUCAUCAUCAAGAUACUGAGACAUCUGUUGUAUUUGACAUCAAGCUGAAAGGAGACUUUGAUGGGUCAGUUACUGUUCAUCAGUUUGUACUUCCACCUCGAUCAAUUCAACCCUAUCAGAUCCCUGUGGCAGGUCCAGCUUCUGUGACUAGUCAGUCUCCUGUUCCCUGUAAACUCUAUUCCUCCUCCUGGAUUGUCUUUCAGCCUGAUAUUAUAAUCAGUGCAAGUGAAGGUUAUCUCUGGAAUCUCCAGGUGAAACUUGAACCUGUUGUUAAUCUCCUGCCAGAUAAAGGAAAGCUGAUGGAUUUUCUUCUCCAGAGAAAGGAAUGCAAAAUGGUUAUCCUUUCUGUGUGUUCUCAGAUGUUAAGUGAACCAGAGAGGGGAUCAUUGACUGUGAUCGCCACUGUUUUUGACAAACUUAACCAUGAGUAUAAGAAGUACUUAGAAGCAGAGCAGAAUUAUACCUUGGCAGUGGAAGCAGGCCAAAGUCGAAGUAACCCCCUCCUGAAACGGCCAGUGCGUACCCAAGCAGUUAUUGACCAAUCAGACAUGUACACACAUGUUCUGUCAGUAUUUACUGAAAAGAAGGAAGCACCUCACAAGUUCACUAUAGCAGUCUUGAUGGAAUACAUUCGUUCUCUUAACCAGGUCCAGAUUGCAGUUCAGCAUUAUCUGUAUGAGCUGGUCAUCAAAACCCUUGUUCAGCACAACCUGUUUUACAUGCUUCACCAGUUUCUGCAGUACCAUGUGCUCAGUGACUCAAAGCCUUUGGCUUGUCUCCUGUUGUCCCUUGAGAGCAUUUAUCCCCCUGCACAUCAGCUUUCUUUGGACAUGUUAAAGAGACUUUCUACAGCUAAUGAUGAAAUAGUAGAAGUUCUGUUAUCUAAGCACCAGGUACUGGCUGCAUUGAGAUUCAUCAGAGGUAUUGGAGGACAUGACAGCAUUUCAGCCCGCAAGUUCCUUGAUGCAGCCAGACAGACGGAAGAUAACAUGCUUUUCUAUACUAUAUUCAGGUUCUUUGAACAAAGAAAUCAACGAUUACGGGGGAAUCCUAGCUUUACACCAGGAGAACAUUGCGAAGAACAUGUCAACUUCUUUAAGCAGGUUUUUGGGGAACAAGCUCUCAUGAAGCCUCCAACUUUCUGAAGUAGAUUACUGUUCACUUUGAAAUGUAUAAAUUUAAUUUAUUGCAUUUGUGUUGAAUUUUGAACUACAAAAUUGCUAUUUUAUAAUAAAGUAUAUACACAA